AUUUUAUUUUCUUAUGUCGAAAUUGGUAAAUGCGCUUCAACAGCAAGAAGAAGAAUAUAGACAUCGUCCACCGAUACACCUUCGAACUUCAAAGAGUUCAACCAUACGACAUAACUUACUUUCACCUACAAGGACAACCAGUAGCACCUUGAGAGGCAAUUCGACGAGUCGACGAAGAACAAACAGUUUCAAUUCAACUGUCAAAAAGGACGUUAAAGUACUACCGAGACUAGAAGAAGAGAACGCAAGCUUGCCUCCUCAGGAUUCCGUUGAGUUUAUACUUGCUCAGAUCGAAAGACAGAAUGCGAAACUAGAUGAAGACCCCAAGUCAGUCUGUAUUCAAUCAAACCAGCUCAAGGCUAAUCUGUCAACGAUUCAAAAACUAACUACGAAUAAACAAGAAGAUAAUAUCGAUUGGGAAUUCUGGACAGCAUUAACAGAGGACUUUAGUUCGGUUGCUUUAAAACUACCACAUCUUGUCUCAGCAAAACUCAGGGCAGGUAUUCCAUCCAAAGUCAGAGGUGUCAUUUGGCAGGCUAUGUCUCAGUCGGCCUCUCUUAAUUUGGAAACAAUGUAUGGACAGCUUGUAGCGGAGCAUUCUCCUUAUGAAAGAAUCAUUCAGCGUGAUCUAGCUCGUACUUUUCCAGGUAUCGACAUGUUCAAGCAGGAAGGAGGUCAUGGACAGCAGUCGCUUGAGCGUGUGUUAUCAGCCUACAGUCUCUAUGACUCACUUGUUGGAUACUGUCAAGGGUUAGCCUUUUUAGUAGGUCCUUUACUGUUGAAUAUGCCCGAGCAACAAGCGUUCUGUGUGUUUGUGAGACUGAUGGAAACUUAUGAAAUGAGGACCAUGUUUACAUUAAACAUGGAAGGUUUACAGCUUAGAUUAUACCAAUUUUCAAGCCUGCUUGAUCAAAUAUUACCCGAUUUAUCUGAAUUUCUGACACUUCAUGAAGUGAAUGUGCCUAUGUAUGCAUCCCAAUGGUUUUUGACAUUGUUUGCUUAUGCAUUCCCUAUGGAACUUAUCUUACGUAUAUAUGAUAUCGUGUUUGCAGAAGGUGCAGCAGAGACGAUUAUGCGAGUAUCCAUUGCGAUGAUGAAGCGGUCCAAACAGAGGAUUAUGCGGUUCACAGAAUUUGAAGAUAUCUUGGACUUUUUAUCCAACAAACUGUAUGAUGCUUAUAACAACGAUCCAGGGCAAGUCAUUUCAGAUGCAGUGCAGUUGAGUAAUGUAAUUACCAAGGAAAAGCUAGAUCAUUUAGCAGAGACCUACGUGACAGAAAUAGAAAAGGAACAAAAACAGACAGAGCAGGUGCUUGCUGUCCGAUUCAAUUUCUGGUCAAAAUCAAAUGGUAGUCAUAACAACAGUAACGGCAGUAAUCGAAGUAGUAACAGUAUCAGUCGAAAGAAAAAGACAAUGUCUUGGUACAAUAGUGCACCCAAAAAGAGUAGUGAGUCCGAGAGAUCAUCCUUGAAGGAGCCAAGUGUAUCAGAAUUGCAUCAUCAGAUUGAAGAAUUACUAUCAGCCAUUUCACAGAUGCAAAGGGAAGCCGUUACGCUAAAAGAUGAAUUGAUGCAAGCUAAACUUGAUAAAAUGGAUGUAGAAGCAGAAAGAGAUGCUCUAAAAAUAACAAUAGAAAGCGCAUUUAAUAAUGUAAAAUUUGAAAAAGAGUGUAUGGAGCUACGUAAAGAGAAUUCAAGGUUGAAGCAAGAGAAGGAAGAGUUAGUUCAGCAACAAAUCAUGUCUAAAGAUGCAUUAAGUGCACUUGUAGAACGCAUGCUGGAUAUGAAGAAUAAGGUGGAUCAUUUGGAACAAGAGAAUAAGAGAAUAACUAGAGAAUGUCAGAUAUUAAAAAAAGAAAGGCCAAAGUCGAUAGCAUCAAUAUGCAAUAACAAUCACUCAUCAUCAUCUGUUUGCUCAGUACAUAAAUGCUAAAUUGAAAUAUAAAAUAAAAAGUGACAAAUGAUUAUCCUAAAUAUAUUAAACCAUAU